GGGUAGUUAUAAUUUGGCGAAGGAAGACAACGGAGGAGAGGAGAGGGGAGGGGAGACAGAUCAAAUCGGAAAGAUGUUUCUUCGACGGGUGGCGCGGCCGCUGAUGAUGAUGGCGAAAAUCAAGGAAACGACGGGGAUUGUAGGCCUCGAAGUUGUCCCCAACGCCCGAGAAGUUCUUAUCGGCCUCUACAGCAAAACCCUAGAUGAGAUCAAGUCGGUGCCGGAGGACGAAGGAUACCGCAAGGCUGUUGAGAGCUUCACUCGUCACCGGUUGCAGGUUUGCCAGGAGGAGGAGGAUUGGGAAGCCAUCGAGAAAAGAGUCGGAUGUGGACAGGUAGAGGAGCUGAUCGAGGAGGCCGAGGAUGAGCUCAAGCUCAUCGGUUUCAUGAACGAAUGGAAGCCGUGGGGUAUUCCUGAUGACUAUGAGUGUGAAGUCAUUGAGAACAAUGCCCCGGUGCCCAAGCACGUCCCCCUGCACCGACCUGGUCCCCUUCCUGAAGAGUUCUACAAGACGAUGGAGGCUGUUGAGACCAACACUUUAAAGGAUGCUAUUUCUGCCUCCCAAAAAGAUCCUGAAGUUGCAUCAGGUGAAGCACAACCAUAGUAGUUUGAUUCAAACAACUGUUGGUUUGGCAAGAAUUCAUAUGUUGGAAUCUAAAUCUGUCUGCUUUCAGAAUCAGAUUUCUUGCAUGUUCUCUGAACUUUAAUGUUGUUUUGCCUUAUGUAUCACAUUCUCAUCACCCUGACAAAAGCUCCAUAUUUAGUUAAUAACCUUGAGCCAUCACUUUCUCCUGUGGAGACUCAUCUAUGUUAUGCCAUCAUGAUGCGAAUAAGCUAUGAAAAUCUUGCAUGUUUUGCGCCGUUUA